UUUUCCCUUGUUUUGUUUUGAAUAUUUUAGGUUAAGGUGAAGUGUUUAUGUGUACUUUUGAUAAUAGUAAUUAUGUAAGCAAUAGUGAUAAUUAUGAUUUGUGUUUCCUUUUUAUUACUUUCAUGUGUGAAACUGUUACUUAUUCCAGCAUACCGUUCAACAGACUUUGAAGUACAUCGAAAUUGGUUGGCGAUUACAUCAAACUUACCUAUAGACAAAUGGUAUUACGAAGACACGUCACAAUGGACACUGGAUUACCCACCACUAUUUGCUUGGUUCGAGUAUUUUUUGUCGAGAAUUGGUUAUUGGUUUGAUCCACAAAUGUUGGUACUGAAUAACCAUAAUUAUGCAUCUUUUAAAACUAUAUUAUUCCAAAGACUAAGUGUAAUACUUACAGAUGCAAUUUUCGCUUAUGGAUCUUACAGAUGCUCCCAAAUAUUUAGGAAGAGUUGGAAGUCUCAAGCAGUUCUACCCCUCUUGUUGUUGACCAACGUUGGAUUAUUAUUGGUAGACCAUAUUCAUUUCCAAUAUAAUGGGAUUAUGUUUGGAUUUUUGCUAUUAUCGUGCGCCAAUUUAUUUCAGGCCAAUUACCUGAGCGGAGCAUUCUGGUUUCUUGUUUUGUUAAACUUUAAACACAUCUACCUAUACAUUGCUCCUGCUUACUUCAUCUACCUCCUAAGAAAUUAUUGUAUCACUUCGAGAAAUUUAAGCAUAAAAAAUGUGAUAACAGGGUUUUCUGUACGAAACACAAUCUACCUCGGAUCAACUGUAAUACUAGUAUUUGCAGUUACCUUUGUACCUUUCGUCGGUCAUAUAAAUCAGGUAAUGAGCAGAUUGUUUCCAUUCAAAAGGGGCUUAUGUCACGCAUAUUGGGCACCAAAUUUUUGGGCAAUUUACAAUGUCGCUGAUAAAGUGCUGUUUAUGUUAGGUAAGAAAAUCGGGCUGGCUGUGUCUGAAGAAGUUGCUGCAAUGACUGGAGGACUAGUUCAGGAAUUUUCUCAUGCCGUUUUGCCCAGUAUCACUCCACUUGCAACAAUGUUAAUUACCAUUGUCUUUAUGUUACCUGCACUGAUGAAAUUGUGGUUUGCCGGAAAUAAUCCUGUUCAGUUUGUGAGGUGCAUAAUUUUAUGCGCUUUGACUUCCUUCAUGUUUGGAUGGCACGUCCAUGAGAAAGCGAUACUGAUGGCUAUCAUUCCUUUCAGCAUCAUCAGUAUAAUGGAGUCAGGUGAUGCAAAAGUGUUUCUUAUUUUAUCAACAGUCGGUCAGUAUUCUUUGUUACCCUUGUUAUUUCCACAAGCGUUGUUAUUAAUUAAGUUAAUUUUAUAUGUACUUUACUGUUCCUAUGCGUUUUAUAGUAUGUCUAAUUUAUACCCGUUUUAUGUAUGCAAAUUUAAUUUACCAUUACUAAAUAUGCUAGAAAGUAUGUACAUAUUUGGUCUAAUUCCUCUUUUUUUAUAUGAUCACUUUCUUCAUUAUAGUAUAACUUUAAGAACUUAUCCUUUUUUGCCUUUAUUACUAACUUCUGUUUAUUGUUCAAUUGGUAUAGUAUACUCUUGGUUAAAAUAUUACAUAUAUUUUUUAACAAAAUGUGAUGCAAAGCAUAAGAUUUAACAUAGAUACUUACUACCUGUUUACCCCAUCUGCAUCUUAUAAUUUGAUGUAACUACCUGUGAUUUGUGAAGUUGUAAUUGUAUGUAGCCAUUUUCGACAAGAAUAGAACUUUGGGUGGAGUAAUUGGCAAUAAUUCUUGUUUUUGGAUUUUGUUUUAAUCCUUAUUUGUAUGUAGGUACCUAUUUGUAAAUACGAGAUAUUUUUUUAUAAUUAUUGUUCAUAUGAAACUCGUAAGUAAAGAGAGUUUCAUGUCUAAAUAUUUAAUAAUUUUACAAAUAUUCCAUUAAGAAUUCCAUCAUGGAAUUCUUAGUGGAAUGAUAAUCACAUAAUGCAUAGUUUAUGAAUGUUUUAUAAAUUUACUUUAAUUGGUACAGUACAGUCUGCAUUUAAUUUUGUUUAUCAAUCAAUCAAUCAA